UCUUCGUCCACCUGCUCUGCAUACUGUCUCUUUCUCUCGCGACUUUGCUGCCCUGUCUCAUUCGACCCUUUCUCCUUCUUCUUCAUUUCCUUCUCUUCCUCCCUUCCUUCUCUUCAUAUUUACUCGUUCUGUUUCCCCUCUCCCCUUCCCUCCUCCCGCUCCUCUCCGUCCGGCUGGAUUAAUCAUGGAUCCUCAUCAUGUCCGAUACUAAGUCGCGCCCUCUGGCUCCAGCCCCUGCUGGUGCAAACGCUGCUCUCGACAGCGGACAUCGCAGAAAGAAUGUUGGCACUGCUUGUGCCGCCUGCAAAGCGCGCAAAUUAAAGUGCACCGGAUCCGUCCCCUGUUCCAGCUGCGUCAAGAGCAACGUCGAAUGCACCCUCGAUAAGAGCGCCGAUAAACGUCGUCGAGGCGCCCUCAAACGCAAGAUCGACGAAUUGGUCGACAAGGAGGACCUGCUGGCUCGCCUCGUGGGGGCGCUCCGCGACGGUGACGAGCAGGAUAUCCUGCCCCUCAUCGACCUCAUCCGCAGCGAUGCCCCCUUUGAAGAAAUCCGCCACCACAUCCUCCACCAUCUCCCGCAGUCGGAACUGGCGUUGACGCCCGACCUAGCUCAACUGACCCGCGAGCUCCAUCAUCACCAGCCCUCCGACCGCUCCAGACCGAUGCGCCGCGUGCUCGAGGCCAAGCGUAUCGCCGACUCGCCACGAUACCUGGUGCCAGCCCACCCCUGGACCUCGGUGGUCCCCGAUUCACACUUUGUUUCCCAUUUGAUAUCGCUUUGGUUCACCUGGUCGCAUCCCUUUCGCAAUUGGAUCGAUCGGGAUUUGUUCAUGCGGGAGAUGCAGACCGGCAAGCGCUCCGGACGGUUCUGCUCUCCGUUCCUGGUGAACUGCAUCCUCGCCGACGCAUGUACCUACUCGGACUAUCCGGAGGCGUAUACCACCCCCGGGGAUGCGGUCUCGAAGGGCGCCCAUUUCUACGCAGAAGCGAAACGACUCCUGGACGAGGAGGCCGGACGGAUCACUCUGCCGACCGUGCAGGGCUUGGGCGUUUUAUGGUCGUGUGCUGCUCGGACCGGUCGCGAUCGCCAGGGCUGGAUCUAUCGGAAUCAGCUCGCCUACGCACUGCAGGAACUGCUACAGAGAAACUCGACCCUCGCCGUCAACCCCGACCUAGAUACACUGCGCAUGGUCCAUGGGCUCAACCGGACCGUCUGGGGGAUAUUCAACGUCGCCACGAUCCAUGCCCUGACCGACCGGAGCCGCCCGCCGAUACCGGUGCCGGACCGUCACCGUCUGCCGCCAUUGCGCCAUGAGGGCGGGCCGGACGAUACCUGGCGGCCCUAUCCCCACCCCGCUGCCGGCAUCGCGGGCCAUGCGGAUUGUCUGUUCGUUGCUCUCUCGACGUUGACACCGAUCGCCUACGAGGUGACCCGGUUAGUUAGCCCGCGACCGCGCGCCGGCCUGGCAGAACGGGUAACGGUCUUGCAUGAACAUCUCCAGCAUUGCGCGGAUCAAUGGCCGGCAUGUCUGAAAGGCACGCGCUUGGAGGCGCCGCACAUUUUAUGUCUGCAUAUGUAUUACCAUCUGAUCGUGCUGACGCUGUACGGGGUGGUUUUGUCGGCCACACCGCCCUCGCCGACCGACCGGGUGGGUUUACACGCCCGCGCCGUCCGGCUUUCGGCCGCGCGCAACAUCGCCCAUCUGGUCAGCAUCCAUCGUGCGCGCUGGGGCGUCGAGCGCAUGCCGGACAGUAACGGGCCCUGUUUGCUAGGGGCCCUGCUCGCUUUGUUGGAUGGGCUCGAGGAGCCCGAAAAUUGUGAGGCGUUUGUUACCCUGUGUGUCGCCGCCAAGUCGUUGACGCGGCGGUGGGAUGGGGGUGGCUCUAUACUGGAAACCGUGCGCUCCACGGCACAGGCUCGGGGCGUAACGCUCCCCACGGAGACCGCCGCGCUGUUUGUGACUUGGGUCUUGCCACCAGAGACCACUCCCGCAUCGGGUGUGGACGAAUCCCCGGAUGGGGCAGACGAAAGCAGUGUAAGCUGAGAUGAGCAGAGAGUCGUCUUCUCGCUACACCAGCAUCCAUUUUCUCAGGGAUUCCCAUGUGUUUUCCUUCCAAGGGCCAGUGAGCCCAAACAGACCGGCCUGUGCGCCGGUCUACGGUCAUCUUUUGGACACUAUGACCAACCGUUGUUGGUGGUUAAAAGAUUUAUCCCCGAUCUACCCCCGAUUUUGCUAUGUGUUAGACCUGGUUUACGAAACCGAUAGACGGUCGCAUUUCCGGGUUUCAACCCAGCUACUCCGUAGCUUCCGAUUCAGCAUGUGGAGCUGAAUGCUCCCAUAUGACUUAGC